UAUGAGUAAAGGUGACAAGUCUCAAAAUAUUUUUGAUUAUAAAACUGAAACAAUUGACUAUUGGAAAUAAACAAUAGAAACAUUAUAACUAUCAGUUGAAUUUGAUGUAAGAGUCUUUCAUUGAAUUCUUAAUUAGGAAAAAUAUAAAUUAAUUGCUCCAACUCUUAUUGAAUAUGUUUUAGCAACUCUUCAAUUAAUGAUUCAAGUCAAAGGUUAAUAUAGUGAAGAUAGUUUUAUUAUUGCUCUCUCUAAAUAUGCAGUAUCACAAUUAUUUAAUUUAAGGAAUUCUAACAAAAAAAUGUUAAAAAAUUUAUGACUGCAUUUGUGAAUUCAUUUUAGUUUUUACUUAAAGGAAAUUAAGAGAUUUGCUAUUUUACAAUCAUGUUAAAUCCUGCUUAACUUAUUAAAGCUAGUUCUGAAUAAUUUUCAUUUUACCUCAAGUUAAGAAAAUAUAUUUAUUCCAAUUUUAUCAAUGAAAGAGAAACUAAAAUUAAACCACUUACUUUUGGUAUACUUUAUAAUUAUUUUUAGAAUAAUGGGUUUCAGUUGUUUCUAAAUAAAUGGAUAAUUCUGCUAUCAGUCUUAUUGGAAAUAGAAUUAGAGAAGAAGUUGAUGAAAAAUCUAAAGAUAAAAUACUUAAGAAUAAGUAAAAUCUCUUUUAUUUAUAUUUUUAGUGUAAGACCUUAUGAUCUAUUAAUUUAUUGCUAUGAAUUAUAAUCUUAAAGACUUUUAUAAUAAUAAUAAUAAUAACCUUAAUAAAGAUAACUUGCUACAUUUUCACCUUCAUAACAAAAAGAUGAAGAAAUACCCUAAAAAUCUUCUGUUUAACCUAUUCCAUAAUAAUAAUAAUAAUAAUAAUAAAAAUAAUAAAAAUAAAGUGAGCUCUAAACAAAAAUGAAAGAAGUUAUUCUAAUUCAUGAAAAUCUUGCAUCUAAUUAUAAUAAAUUAGCAAAUUUUGCAUAAUCAACUUAAGCUAAACUUUCUAAAGUCUUAAUACAAGUAAUUUAUUAAUUUAUUUAUUUACUUUAGAUUAAAUAAGGCUAAUAAUUAGAUGAAUCAGAAAUUAAAGAAUUAUAAAAUAUUCUAAAGUUUAAGGAUUUCCUACCAAAUGAUCCAGAAUAAACAUUAAGAAAUAGUGGAAUUUAUGAAUUUUUUUGA